UCAAAAUUGAUAUAUACAAAUAUAAUAGGCUGGUCUAAACUGGCACUCAUGUCCAUUAGGUGAGUUGGCUGAGUCAUAGAAACUCCAAUAAAAUCGCCACUCGUUAGAACAAGCAGCUUGUUUUGCAGUUGUUCAUUAACUCAUAUUUAAAGCUGAGUGAACAGGUGAUUAUUGAUUUAAAAUACUACCACUACUAGCAGAUGAUUAAAUCCUCCCUCCAUUGCACCUGUGUUUCACAUGUUUACCAAAUCCAAACGGUGACCAUUCAUGCAUUACAAAUGACCACUCCCCCAUAAAGAGAGCAGCACAUUCCUGUCCUCCCCAUCCCUCCCGCAACAACCUGGAGGAGAGAGAGCGCAACUACAUCACUGCCCCUGCCUCCUCCUCACAGCGUUGGUCGCCAUCCAUCCCCUCUCCUCCUGUACCAUAACAGAUGGUGGGAACAACAUUGCAUCCACCGGGUACCACAACAAUAGACCGCAGCAUCCAGUCCAGAAGACACUGGCCUUGCACCAUCAUGCUCCCAGUGCGGGACUGCGUGAGGCUUUGAGUGCCGUCGUGGUUCAUUUCACGCGGUACCACCAGCACCGCCACGGCCACGGAGGAACCUUCUUGCGACUGUUUGGGCUCUCCAUCGAGCGAGGAAGAUGGCCGCUAUGAAAAUAUUAACAGGCACAGGGCUCUUCUUAGCGUUCUGUGCGCUGGGGCUACUCGCCAUGGCGAUUUGCACCGAUUAUUGGUACGAGACCGACGCGAGGAGACAUCGGGAGAGGUGUAAAAACUAUGCCAACAAGCGAAACGACCCAGGGUACAUCUACAUUUCAAACCACAACCUCCCCCUCCAGAUGCCUCGUAAGAGCCUGGAGAGGAAAGGUAACGGCCCAGAUGAUGCUGCUGCUCUCAUCAGGGGGAAGCGGCACUUCCUGGCCGCAGCGUCUGCCAUGGAGUCUCAUUGCAGUCGGCAGUUUAACUCCACCAUCUCCGGGCUUUGGAGGAAGUGUCACCGGGAAGGCUUCGACCUGGAGACCGAGGACCUUAUUUACAAAGGAAUAAUUCAAAGAUGUACCCCGGUUAAGUAUCACUACUCUUCGUCCAUCCUACCACGAAAUUUACCCAUCAACAUCACAAAGACCAUACGACAAGAUGAGUGGCAUGCACUCCAUCUAAGAAGAAUGACGGCUGGUUUUGUGGGCAUGGCCGUGUCCAUCAUUCUUUUCGGCUGGAUCAUUGGAGUGUUGGGGUGCUGCCAGCAGCAUGACCUCAUGCAAUAUGUAGCUGGGCUACUCUUUCUAAUGGGAGGAACGUGCUGCAUCAUCUCCUUGUGCACAUGUGUGGCAGGAAUCAACUUCGAGUUAUCCCGCUACCCCCGCUACAUGUACGGCCUUCCUGAGGACAUUAGCCAUGGCUAUGGCUGGUCCAUGUUUUGUGCCUGGGGGGGCCUCGGUCUCACAUUGCUGGCUGGCUUCCUGUGCACCUUGGCCCCGUCCCUGAGCACACCCACUCGCACAACGACCCACAAGCCGAGGCAGGAGAACGGAACCGUGUGACAGAGGCGUUGUGAGGCGACUGACCCACCGAACGCACAAACCACACCCUUCCAACCUUGAUGUUUAUCUCUGAAACGGUUUUUGUCUGAUCACCAUCACACUACCCUCAACAUCUCCAUCCCCCUUCAGUGUUCAGUGUGCCUGAGAAGGAGCAAAGUAAUGACACACACCUAAUCUCAAACAUCCCUGAGGGACCUCCAGGAACACCAAGAGUAACACCCACAGUGACGUACGUCUGGGGCAUGGCUCUCAUAGCACAAAUAAGACAUUUUUUGGUUCGGAUGUUUGACAUGCUGACUUUAUGGCGAUCUAAAAAUGACUGUUUUCUCUGAAGAGAAUUUGUCUUAAAAUGGUGCUCUCUUAAAUACAUAAAGCCACAUACACUCCCACACAGCACACACACCAACAUAUGCUUUUCCACACAUGCUCAAUUACUCUGGAUGAAUCAUGAGAAGAAAUCCUCCAAAAGGAACAAACACACAAACAUCAAGCCAGAGCAUCAUGUCAGCAUUCCUCUUUCAGUCGAGUGAUGUGUGCUGUGUUAAUGUUUGUUAAAAAAAAAAGAAAAAAGUA